AUGGCAGCGCCCGUAUUACAAACAUGUCACGUCGCUUGCUGUGCAAAUCGGACGCCCAAUGUUGUGUCGUGGAGUCGAACUGGAACUGUUGCUUUCGGAACAUGUAACUCAAUCGCUUUGUAUCAUCCCCAGGAAAUUAGAGCUGUCACUCUUCUGAACAAACACACCGGGAGAGUAAACGCUGUCCAGUGGGUGCACAGAGAUAACUGUGGCGUGGAAACCCAGCUGGUAUCAGGAGCAUCAGAUAACAGUGUUAUUAUUUGGGAAGAACAGGAUGGAAAGUUUGUUCCCUCGGCACAGUGUUUGGGCCAUUCUGGGCCUGUCUGUGCAGUGGAUGCUAUCUCUCUGGACUCUUCAGAGUCACUCAUUGCUUCUGCAGCAUCCGACUCCACUGUUAAACUAUGGACUUGCUGUGAUGGGAAAGCUGAGUGCCUCCAGACCCUAUCUUUUGGAAGCGGCUUCGUGAUGGAUGUCUCCUUGGCGCUGUUGCCAGGCAGCAGAGUACCCAUUCUGGCCUGUGGGGGAGAUGACAGUAAAGUCUAUUUGUAUGUGCAGCUUAAUGGAGAGUUUCAGAGGGUCCUCACACUGCAAGGUCAUGAAGACUGGGUCCGAGGUGUUGAAUGGGCAGCCAAAGAUGGAGAACUGCUAUUGGCCAGCUGUGCCCAGGACUGCCUGAUCAGGGUGUGGAGGCUGUUUGCCAAAACUGUCGCGGCAGAACCCAGUGCCCAGGAUGAAAAUGUCAUCAAAAUGAAGGAAGAUAUUUUUGUGGUCGCUGAUAAAGGUGAGGCCUUACAGCUGUUGUUCUUUGCUGUUUCUCUGGAGACGGUGCUGGCAGGCCAUGAGAACUGGGUUUAUGGGAUCCACUGGCAGCCUCCCAUUAUGCAAGGUGAUUCAAUGAAACAGCCUUUGAGUCUACUCUCUGCCUCCAUGGAUAAGACCAUGAUCCUGUGGGGUCCUGAGGAGGAGUCAGGAGUGUGGGUGGAACAGGUCCGUGUUGGGGAGGUGGGAGGGAACACACUGGGUUUCUAUGGAUGUCAGAUGAGUCCAGACGGUUCUAUGAUUUUGGCUCACGCCUUCCACGGGGCGCUACACCUUUGGCAGAAAGACAGGAACCAGCAGGGAGAGUGGAGCCCUGGUGUAGUCAUUUCGGGACAUUUUGACGCGGUGCAGGACCUGAGCUGGGAGCCAGAGGGGGAGUUUGUGGUCAGUGUGGGCUCAGACCAGACCACCAGACUUUUUAUACCCUGGAAGAGGAAAGAGUGCACCCAGGCGACGUGGCAUGAGAUCUCUCGUCCUCAGAUCCACGGCUAUGACAUGCAGUGUCUGGCCAUGGUUGGCCGCUUCCAGUUUGUCUCUGGCGCGGACGAGAAGGUUCUACGCGUUUUCAGAGCCCCGCGCAACUUUGUCGAGAACUUUGCCAACAUAGGGGGAGCUUCACUAGAGAAACUACUGGCAUCUAAUGAUGUGGCAGAUCUACCGGCGGGAGCCAGCACACCUGCUCUGGGCCUCUCCAACAAAGCUGUUUUUCAAGGUGACAUCAUAUCCCAGAAUGCCCAAGAGGAAGAAGUGGAUUUCAACAGUGUAUCUGACCAGUAUAAGGAGUCUUACUUCCAGCCUCUCAAGCUGACAGAGCCCCCCCCGGAAGACCACCUCCUGCAAAACACACUGUGGCCAGAGGUUCAAAAGCUAUACGGUCACGGCUUUGAGUUGUUCUCUCUGACAUCAGACCCCACCAGGACUGUGGUCGCCUCAGCGUGCAAGGCCUCUAAGGCGGAACACGCCGUCAUCCUGCUUUGGAGUGCCACCUCAUGGAAGCAGCUGCAGGCUCUGCCCUGUCACAGUCUCACUGUCACUCAGAUGGCCUUCUCCCCGGACGGACGCCACCUUUUGGCCGUGUCUCGCGACCGGACCUGGUCGCUAUGGAAGCGGCAGGACCCCAACACGACCGACUCGGGGCCGCCAUUCUCCCUCUACGCUCGCACCAAAAAAGACACGGCCGUACACGCGCGCAUCAUCUGGUCAUGUGACUGGAGCUUUGACAGCAAAUAUUUUGUCACAUCUAGUCGAGACAAAAAGGUCAUUGUAUGGGGUCUUGGUGGAGAUGGUGUCGAUCAGAACGAGAGAACGACCAUCGGUCCCCGCUCCUCUGUCCUCGACGUGGGGGAUUCGGCCACGGCCGUCGCCAUCUGCCCUCAUCCCUGCUCUGAUCAAAGUUACCUGCUGGCUGUGGGACUGGAGAGCGGUCAGAUCCUGUUAUAUAAGUGGAGAGCGGCGGAGGACUCGUCCUCGGGCUCCGACUGGAGCAAAUGCGGCGAGACGGACAUCUCCCAAAGCCACACAAUGACAGUGAAGCGUCUACGUUGGAGACCCAAAGCCGGCUGUGCGGGUCAGGAGGAGGAGAGAGGAGAGAACGCAUGGGUCCAGCUAGCCAGCGCUGGGGCUGACCACUCUGUUAAAAUCUUUAAUAUAAACACACAAGCUCUCACUUGAUAACUACAGAUCAUAGUUGCAUAGUAACUCAAGAUCUAAUCAGCGUAGACUCUGCUAUAGACUUUGCCAUACGCGAAUAGCCUGGGCUAUGCGCAUGACUUUAAGAACACCGUGGUCUUAAUGACUUGUUGAAUUGAAAUAUACAUCAUAAAUAUUGUAAGCUUAGUAAGUUACUAAGCUUACAGAAUUUCAA